AUGAACCGACCCAAACCGACCAACCCAGCUCCCUGGGCACUCAUCAGUAACGAUCCUCGGGAUAUUGAAGCAAUGCAGAGGGCCGUCGCCAAUCCUCAGGUUAUUGUGGUCUCCGACUGGACCCAGUUCAAGUCAUGGGAAUAUAUGGACGCCCAGGAAGCAUCAGGAUACGCCAUCUUCUGCGUCGACAGCCUCCUCAUCAACGGAAAGGGGAGUGUUUACUGCCCCGGUGAGGAUUUCUUGGUCAACCAUACGAGUACCUAUAUGAAGUGGGCGAUUUACCCAGGCCACGUCAACGACAAAGGAUGUCUGCCAUUCGUGAUAUCGACCGAAAACAAAUACCUCGCUGAUGGCCGACCGGAGGCGAUCCCGAUGCAUCUUCAACGGGGCUGCGUUCCGGCAACAGGCGACCAAGAGAUCAUCGAGGUGGAUCCCGCGGCGGAAUGGGUGAGCCUGAACUUCGUGGACGCGUCGACGUUCAAGACGCCAGUCUUCUCCAUCGACGGGCAUCAGAUGUGGGUGUACGAGGCGGACGGGCACUUCAUCGAGCCUCAGCUGGUGGACACCGUCAAGUUCUACGCCGGCGAACGCUACUCGGUGAUGGUCAAGUUGGACAAGAAACCACGAGACUACACGAUCCGGGUGAUGGACACCGGGUUGACUCAGAUCAUCGGCUCUUACGCCACCCUCAGAUAUAAGGGUGGUGGUCGCGACGACACUGGAGAGAUUCAGGCCGUCAUUAAUUAUGGAGGGUUGAACACCACGGCGGUUGUGACGCUCGACCGAGACCAUCUCCCACCAUAUCCCCCCAGCCCCCCGGCAGCACACUCCGACGCGUUGCACCUAUUAAACACACAUCGGUGGCACAACGCAUGGAAAUACACCAUGACGGGUGGGGGGAUGUACGCGGAAGACCGAAGCGCAUACGCUCCGCUGUUAUACCAUCCAAACUCUGCCGACGCGAUGCACGAGAGCCUAGUCAUCCGGACUAAGAAUGGCAGCUGGGUGGACUUGGUGAUUCAGGUCGGAUCGCUGCCCGAACAGCCCCAGGAGUUCCCGCACGUCAUGCACAAACACACGGGCAAGACGUGGCAAAUCGGGGCCGGCGAGGGCAUCUGGAAUUACACCUCGGUGGACGAGGCGAUCCAGGCCGAACCCACCAAGUUCAAUCUCAUGAACCCCAAUUUCAGGGACACGUUCAUCACCUCCUUCGACGGGCCGUCCUGGGUCGUACUGCGAUAUCAAGUGACCAAUCCUGGCCCGUGGCUCAUGCAUUGCCAUUUCGAAAUUCAUCUGGGCGGUGGUAUGGCAGUGGCCAUCUUGGAUGGUGUAGAUGCGUGGCCCGAAAUCCCGCCAGAAUAUGCACCCGAUCAGAAUGGGUUCUACCUUGAUGCGGAUAAAGGACUAUGA